AUGCGACCAGACACUCUUUCCGCCUAUAUAUCCCUAUUCUACAUGAUCGCCUCAGGUUUUAAUGAUCAGUCUCUCCUCACAUCUAUACUGCAAGAUAUAUUCAGCGAAGGACGUGGUAACCAAAAGAUAAACUUGAUUAUCCUAGUAUCUCUGCUGGGAUGUGCGGUUGUAUCAGUUGUAGCAGUUUGUGGACUUGCCGUUCUAUAUGUUAGACGACGCUGUUGCCAGAAUUCCAAGGCAGAACAUCGACCACCAAAAAUUAAAAUAAUCCCUGUUGAAAAAUAA